AGGGGUCCACGUUGUCGUAGUUCCUACUCCGCUCACGCCGUCCUCGCCGAAAUCUCGUGGCUUGGCGAAUACCAGCGCCAAACUCGCUCCCACCUUCGUAGUAGGCUACCUGGCGCCAGAAUUAACGACGCUGUGUUCCAUCGUUACUACGAAAGUCAUUCGACCAAGCCUGCCGAGCGAUUCACGUUGCUCCUCCACCCGUACUUCUUCACGCUUGCUUUCCUCGCCGUGCUCUAGGUUCAUUCGAUAAACCACACGAUCUGUUUCUUCAACACGUGGUUGAUUCGUUAAAAUUCGAAUUACGGUUUUAAGUUCUGCUACGAAAACCGCGAGCAGGCGGAUAGCACGUGGGUCCAGCAUGUUUUCAGCAGGCGUGCAGCGAUCCAAGGGUCGCUGGCUCGAUGCCGCGAAGGUGCUGACGCGGCACCACCGCCAGCGUGGCUGUGCCGGGGCCGUAUACCCCGUUACAAGCACACCUCAUACAGCCCCAACCCUAAUCGAUAUACGCGAGGCGGAAGGUGGCGGGCCGUCGGAAAUCGGAUUCGAAUCGUCCGGGUCGGGGAGGAAGGCGAAGGCGGUAGGAGGGGGACAGGCGGACUUUGGAGUUGCCGGGGACCUUGGGAUUUCCGUGGCGCCGUACGGGCUUGGCGGGAGGCGGUGGUAUUCCGCAUUCCGUGGGACCGAGGGGUCCGUGAUUGGCGGUCCUGGUUACGCUGAUUCGCGACAGGCGCACAUGCCGCAUCACAGCGCCAUCUUUUCCCGAUGCCUUUCCUCUGAACCGCCUCCUGCUGAAGAACCCAAGCCAAAGAACUACGAGCACUACUACCCCAAGAGGAAGGCACAGGAAGCGGGACGCCCUGCUGCUGAAACACCAAGCGAGAAGCCACAAGCUGGGGGGCCACAGCAGGAAGCAGUAACAGGGGGACAGGGGGGAGCAGGCGGAGGAGCAGGAGGAGGGGGGGAGGAUGGCAAGAAGGCAAGCAGCAGCGAGGGCGGUGAGGGGAACAAGAAGGAGCAGAACUUCUGGGACGAGGCGUUUGGCAAGGACUGGCGCGCCAACAUCUACCCCUUGCUGUCGGCGGCGCUGUUCCUCUCGCUCACCUCCAUGGUUACCGGGGAUGCUAAUAACGAGGCUGUGGAGAUCAGCUUCCAGGAGUUCAAGAACGAGCUGCUAGAGAAGGGGCUUGUAGCGAAGGUGGAGAUAGUGAACAGGAGCAAGGCCAAGGUGUAUGUGUACACCAACCGCCGCGCUGCUCCUGGUGCUGCUGGUGCGGCUGGUGGUGUUGCUGGGGCUGGUGCUGGUGCUGGUGCGAGGGGUCAGGGUAGUGGUGGUGUAGGUGGUGCUAGUACUGGGGAGACUUAUGGCGGGGAUGGGGAUGCGAUGUACUUUGAUGAGAAGCACGGGGAGUUUGACGGGCACCAGCAGGGGGAGGGCGCGCAGGGGCAGGGGGAGGGGCUGGGAGGGGGGGCGCGGGGGGCGAGGCAGCGGAGGAGGCAGGUGGAGCAGCUUGCAGCGUAUCGGUACUACUUCCAGAUUGGGAGCGUGGACUCGUUUGAGCGGAAGCUGGAGGAAGCCCAGGACUCGAUGGGCAUUGAUGGGCAUAACAGGAUCCCACUGACCUAUGCCUCCGAGGUCAGUUGGCAGCAGGAGCUGCUGCGCCUUCUCCCCACGAUCCUCAUCGUCGCCGCGUGGAUCUUCUUCAGCCGCGGGCUGCAGUCCGGCUUCGGCAUGGGCGGCAUGGGCGGCCCGGGCGGCGCGGGCGGUGCCAAGGGCAUCUUCAACGUGGGCAAGGCGUCCGUCACGAAGCUGGACAAGCACAGCAAGAACAAGGUCUACUUCAAAGACGUGGCAGGCUGUGACGAGGCCAAGCAAGAGGUGAUGGAAUUCGUCCACUUCCUCAAAAAACCCGCCAAGUAUCAGGCCCUUGGGGCGAAGAUCCCCCGGGGAGCGCUGCUGGUGGGCCCGCCUGGCACAGGCAAGACCCUGCUGGCCAAGGCGACCGCAGGGGAGGCGGACGUGCCGUUUCUGUCCAUCUCUGGGUCCGACUUCAUGGAGAUGUUUGUGGGCGUGGGGCCUUCGCGAGUCAGGGAUCUAUUCGCGCAGGCUAGGGCGUGCAGCCCCAGCAUCAUCUUCAUCGAUGAGAUCGACGCAGUGGGGAGGGCGAGGGGCCGCGGGGGGUUCGCGGGGGGAAAUGACGAGCGGGAGAACACGCUGAACCAGCUUCUGGUGGAGAUGGAUGGGUUCACAACGACGUCUGGGGUGGUGGUUCUCGCAGGGACGAACCGGCCGGAUAUUCUCGACCCCGCGCUGCUGCGGCCGGGCCGGUUCGACCGCCAGAUCACGAUCGACCGGCCGGACAUCAAGGGCCGGGAGCAGAUCUUUCGGAUUUACCUGAGCCGGGUGCGGCUGGAUAAGGAGGUGGAGUUCUACUCGCAGCGGAUGGCGGCGCUGACGCCGGGGUUUGCGGGGGCGGACAUUGCAAAUGUGGUGAAUGAGGCGGCGCUGAUGGCGGCAAGGAAUGACCGGGAGGUGAUCCUCAUGCAGGACUUUGAGGCCGCGGUGGAUAGAGUGAUUGGCGGGCUGGAGAAGAAGGGCAAGGUGAUCAGCGCCGUGGAGCGCCGCACAGUGGCCUACCACGAGGCGGGGCAUGCGGUGGUGGCGUGGUUCCUCGAGCACACGGAGCCGCUGCUGAAGGUGUCUAUCGUGCCACGUGGCACCGCGGCAUUGGGCUUCGCACAGUACCUGCCGAACGAGAAUCUGCUGAUGACGAAGGACCAGCUGAUCGACAUGACGUGCAUGGCGCUGGGAGGGCGAGCUGCUGAACAGGUGCUGCUGGGCAGCGUGUCAACAGGCGCGCAGAACGACCUGGAGCGCGUCACCAAGACCACGUACAACAGGGUAGCCGUCUAUGGCUUCAGUGACAAGCUCGGCCUUCUCUCCUUCCCCAAGGCCACCAACAGCGAGGGCCUGGAGGGCCUCUCAAAACCCUACAGCAACGAGACCGCCGACCUGAUCGACACCGAGGUGCGCGAGGCCGUGGACUCGGCGUAUCGGCGCACCCUAGAGCUGAUGGAGACUCACAGGGAGGGGGUGGCAGCCGUGGCUGAGGAGCUGCUAGUGAAGGAAGUGCUCCACCAGGAGGACCUGGUGCGGCUGCUGGGGCCUCGGCCGUUCAAGAAUGCCGAGAUGAGUAAUUACGAGCGGUUCGUGCAUGGGUUCGAGGGGGAGAUGAAGGAGGGGGGGAGGGGGAGAAGAAGGGGGAGGAGGGGGGAACGGAGGGGGAGAGAGGGGGGAUUGGGCUGGAAGGGGCGCCGGCGCUGGCGGCGGUGGGAAGGGAGGGGUCGAGUGGGGGAUGGUGGAGUGGAGGGAGGAGCGGACCUGGCCCAAGGUUGUGAUGAUGGGAUGGGAUGGGAUGGGACGACGUGCUCUUGGUGGGUGCUGUGCUGUGGGGAGGACACUGAGAGAUUGAAGCAGCUUGGUUGCACUUGUUGUGGGUGUUCCGUGCAUGACGCAUCUCCAUGAAUACAAGUUUCAGCCUUGCAAAACGGGAAGGACAUUGAUGUAUGUAGUGGGGCUAUUACUGCACUGUAAUUUCUUGUGUUACCUUGUGCUGAUCAUGAGCAUCUACUGUUACUCACUGGCCAUA